AUGAAAGUCUUCUUCAUCGCCGCUGUAACUCUCCUGGGCAGCUCUCUCGCUGCACCAGCUACAGACACAGCCCUUGUCAAGAAAUCAUCUCAUCCCAUCGACACUAUUCCCUACCAUGGUCUCCCCAGCGUCAAAGUCGACCUCGACGCCCUCCGCGCUGAGCAAAAGGCAGGACAAACUGCGACCACAAAUGUUAAAGUCAAGCGGUCCUCCAAAUCUACACCUAAGAGGAAGAAGACAUCGAAGAAACCUCCAGCCAAGGCGUCGGUCAAGAAGACCAAGGCUAUAAAGAAACCCAAGACAACUCAUUCAAAGAGACUGCUCAAGUCUUCGUCGACUGGCUUCAAGAACGGCCAGGAUCUUGUUGAUUCCUUGGAUAGUCUUGUUGCUCAAGUCACUGCCCGAGGUGACAGAAUCAAUGGAACACUCCUCAGAGUUCAGGCCGGAACCGGGACUCGCAACAAAGGCACCACCGACGCCCUCAAGGAAGUCAUCCAAAUCCGCGCUGCUGUCUCCGGCGCCCUAACUAGACUCUCCACCACCAAGAACCUCAAACUCACCAGCGACCAACGCGCCGACGUGCUCGAUCUAGUCGAGCAACUCGUCAAAGAACUCCUCGACAUCGUCAACGACCUCCUCGAGACGCUCGGCCUUAAGCUCAGCCUGAAAGCAUCGCUCAACCCACUCAUGAAUAUGCUGAGCGACCUCCUAGGCGGUCUGGCAGUGACUGAUGGCAAGCUUACGCCAGAGCUGCGCCAGCGUCUGGGAGAUUUGAUUAGAGCUCAGAUCAACGGUGAUGGGACGAAGGGAUUUGAUGCACUUGGAAGUGGCAUUGAGAAUCCGCUUUUGCGUCUUCAUGGGUCUCUGAAGACUAGUGUUGGAUCGAAUUAG